UGUUUCCCCAUCUGAUGCUAGCGAACUCUCGUCACCCUCGGGAUCAAUAUCUGAACCCUUUAAAUUUGAGCCAUUGAACCAAGCUCGGCGUUCUCCCUAUGUGUCACGGUUGUUGUGAUGAUGGCUACGAAUUUAACUCGGAAUCUGAUGACUCCGAUUUAACGGACCUGGACACGGACUCCCUGGAAGAAAGUAGUAGCCAGUGUAGCGAAUACAGCAGGCUGAACGAGGCGUUCGGUGAAGAUAGCGCAGGUGAAUAUGACGAAGAGACGCGUGAGGGACAACCCGCGAAAAAACGCGCCAGGGCAGACCAAGGAACCGGGACAGCAUCAACAGCAAAAGGCCCUGGCAGAAGGAAAAAAACUCUUAGUGACAUUGUCACUAUGCCAAUUGAUAUUCUUCUCGAGAUCUUUGGCCUCUUGGAACCAGUAGACCUCUUAUCUCUCUCACUCACCAAUACGGCUUUCCGCGAGAUUCUUUUAUCUAACAAUGCAGUAUGGAAAACAGCCCGCGUCAAUCACGGUGUUCCCGACUGCAUGCCUGGCAUGUCCGAGGUCAAAUGGGCCAACCUAUUGUUUGGUGGUUAUCAGUGUCAUGAGUGUGGCGCGAAGGGAUUCCAUCGAAUGUACUUGGGCAUCAAGCGCAGACUAUGCCACUCAUGCGUCAAUGACAACCUAGUCGCCAGCUAUUCAGAAUACAUUCAAGAUGUUGAAGACGACGAUCCGGACAUCGUGGAUUUGGUUCCAUUCACUUAUUUCGGUGGACGGGCUUUUUCUAAUGCCGAUGUCAGGCUUUUUUGGUCAGACGACGUACGGAAAAUGGUAGAGCAGCUGGAGGUAUACCAUAAGGAUGCGGACAUGUUCAAACCAGGUGCGAAACAAGCAUUAGAAGACUUCAAGCAAUCGCGCAAGAAAUAUGUUGAUUCUGUUGUCAACCAUGCAGCGAUCUGUGACGAUUGGGCUGACAAGGACCGUGAAGGUCAACGCUCACGUGUCCACAAGUUUCGUGACUACAUUAAAAAGUUGGUUGAAGAUAGACUAGUCGUUCUCGGUCACAGUGUUGAAGAUGUGGAGCGCAUGUUUGUCCGUCAUCACUAUGGUGUGCUAGACAAGGAACUCACCGAUACACGCUGGAAGCUCUUGCUCCCAAAAAUUGAGCGUAAGCUUUCCGAAUUGAAGGAAGGAUGGCGCCUUGAGGAACAAAGGGAAAGGAAGGUUCUCCUGCUGAAUAUGUACGAGAGAUACGUGCGGCCGUUGCCACGGGCCAUCAUACCUCCUCAAGAAGACUUCUUGAAGCUUUGUGAUGUUGCAGAAUUUAUCAACAGCCCACCCACUGGGAACUGGAGAAGCGAUGUUCAACCUUUAGCGGACAGAAUUCCCGGGUUGUGUGCUGAAUAUUUGCAUUCAAGGAAGCUAGCGCUGACGCAACUACUUGCCCUCUCCACUGAUGUAUUGCAAGAUGCUGCGACGCUACAAAGCCAAGGAGUUGACGCCCCUGAUGAUGUAUUGGUGCAGCUGGCCACCUCUGUUUUCCAAUGCACUCACUCGCUCCCUUUCCCAUUGAUUACAUGGGAUAAAGUGCAGUAUCACCGAUGCCCUCGCAGUCAAGGCUACGCAACACCGGCUUGCACAUUUUCGAUUUCUCAGCCUGGGGUUGCCGCUGUACGUUCUUUGUUAGGCUUGGUUGGCCUCGACGCCCAAACUACGACUGCAACCACAAUGGAUCACCUUCAUUGUCGCUUUUUCUGCUCCAACUGUCCACCCAAGUCACAGGGAGGAGGGUCCUACCGGAUGGUGAUGAACUGGCGUCAGAGCGUCUUCCAUUAUGUUGAGCAACAAGGUCCAGCGCAUGCAGAGCCUCGUUGGGAGUUCUUGAGUGCGGCACAACUUCAAGUUCUCCGAAGUUUGCCUACGCCCCCAUAUCCCGAACCUUCUGUGCGAGCGUGGCGCUGUAACAAGUGCGAGUUGCACCACGGAUCUCCGGAUAACAAAGCAGCCGUCAUCACCUUUUUGUGUCACCUUGGCUAUACUGACAUCCCUAGUGUGCAUGGAAUCACCGCUCCGACUGAAGGAGUUGACUUUAGCUAUGAACAGGGCAUUUGCGAGAAGCCGCCUCCAACAACCAAGUUCUUCGUUAUCCCUCAGCCCAAACAGCCUACAUAUCACUGUCAACACUGCAAAAACUCAAAGCGAAAGUUCACUUUGGACGGCGUCAAGUCGCAUAUGAAAGCCAAGCACACCAUCGGUUCUCCAGUGGAAAGGACAGACUUUUGUAACGCUUAAUUCCUUCUCGCACUUUAAUUCUUCGUGGCUUCCUCUUCAUCUUUCGUACUAUAUGACCUUUAACUUCUAGCGGCCACGUACGCCGUCUGCUAUAUCUAGCCCUAAUAUUUGCCCAAGUAUAUACCUCGGUUGAUUUACAGUACUCUCAAAAUGCAUGCAUCUGUGUUUGGCAUCCUAGGUCUUCGGAUAUGAUAUCUGACCACACUCGUCAUUUCCAUAGGCCUUGUGAUAUUAAGUCUUCGGAAUGUGUGACUAGGAGUUGUUCAAGAUU